CUAGUUUCCAGCCCCGCGCUCCCCGAUCCUCCCCAGCUCGCGCCAGAGCCACAACUUUCAGGAGCAUGGACUGAAGGCGCCCUCGCCCUUGCGCCCCUCUGAGAGCCUUUGUGUUUUCCUCGGUUUCCUCCGGCUGUUCUAUUUUGGGGGCUCUUUGCUCUCCCCCCGCCUCUCCCCUCCCCUUCCCCGCUUGCAAACAUGCCUCCUUCCUUCCCGGGGCCCUGGAAGGAGCUGCCUGCCUGAAGCCCGGAGACGCCGCGCCGCGCUCAGCCCCGCCGCCGCCCGCCGGCUCUCGGGCUCCGCUGCCGACUCAAGUUGGGGAUCUUCGGCUACUCGCCGCCGCCGCCGGCGGUCUCUGCCUGCCCGGGGCUCCGGGCAUCGCCGCCGCCCGCCGACUCCUCGCUCUGCCCGCUCGACUCGCUCCUUUUUGAACAUAAAGCAGCCCUUCUCCGCCGAGGAUCGUCCCCAGCGUGGCUCCGCGUUCUCGGCCACUUUUUGAGAUUUUCCGGGGGGCGCUCGGCGGCUUCCCAGAUUCCAGAGGGGGACUCGGGCCGCUGAGCGCGGGGGCCCCGUAAAGCAGGCGAGCAGGCGAAGAGCCGGGGUUUAGCGGAGGCUCACACCGAGGCAAGAACUUACUCAACAAGUUUACCCCCCCUGCCUUCCUCUUUUCGAUGUGCGUUUUCGGACAUGCGGAGGUUACUGGAACCGUGUUGGUGGAUUUUGUUCCUGAAAAUCACCAGUUCCGUGCUCCAUUAUGUCGUGUGCUUCCCCGCGUUGACGGAGGGCUAUGUGGGGACCCUGCACGAGAACAGACAGGGCAGCUCGGUGCAGGCGCAGAUCCGCAGGCGCAAGGCUUCCGGCGACCCAUACUGGGCCUACUCGGGUGCCUACGGUCCUGAGUACUGGGUCACGUCCAGUGUCAGCUGUGGGGGCCAUCAGCAGUCGCCUAUAGACAUUUCAGACCAGCAUGCACGUGUCAGUGAAGAGUACCAGGACUUGCAACUCGAUGGCUUCGACAACGAGUCUUCUAACAAAACCUGGAUGAAAAACACAGGGAAAACAGUUGCCAUCCUGCUGAAAGACGACUAUUUUGUCAGCGGUGCUGGCCUGCCUGGCAGAUUCAAAGCUGAGAAGGUGGAGUUUCACUGGGGCCACAGCAAUGGCUCUGCAGGCUCUGAACACAGUGUCAACGGCAGGCGGUUUCCCGUGGAGAUGCAGAUUUUCUUUUACAAUCCAGAUGAUUUUGACAGCUUUCAAACUGCCAUUUCUGAAAACAGAAUAAUCGGAGCUAUGGCUAUAUUUUUUCAAGUCAGUCCAAGGGACAAUUCUGCACUGGAUCCUAUUAUCCACGGGUUGAAGGGCGUCGUCCAUCACGAGAAAGAGACCUUUCUGGAUCCUUUCAUCCUCCGGGACCUCCUGCCUGCAUCCCUAGGGAGCUAUUACAGGUACACAGGUUCUCUGACGACCCCACCGUGUAGCGAGAUUGUGGAGUGGAUAGUGUUCCGGAGGCCCGUCCCCAUCUCUUACCACCAGCUCGAGGCUUUUUAUUCCAUCUUCACCACGGAGCAGCAAGACCACGUCAAGUCGGUGGAGUAUCUGAGAAAUAACUUCCGGCCACAGCAGGGCCUGAAUAACAGGGUGGUGUACAAGUCUGCCGUUCGUGACGCCUGGAACCACGACAUGACAGACUUCUUAGAAAACCCACUGGGGACGGAAGCCUCUAAAGUCUGCAGCUCCCCGCCCGUCCACAUGAAAGUGCAGCCGCUGAACCAGACCGCGCUGCAGGUGUCCUGGAGUCAGCCGGAGACCAUCUACCACCCACCCAUCAUGAACUACAUGGUGUCCUACAGCUGGACCAAGAACGAGGACGAGAAGGAGAAGACGUUCACCAAGGACAGCGACAAGGACUUGAAAGCCACCAUCAGCCACGUCUCACCUGACAGCCUUUACCUGUUCCGGGUCCAGGCCGUGUGUCGCAACGACAUGAGGAGUGACUUCAGCCAGACCAUGCUCUUCCAAGCUAAUACCACUCGAAUAUUCCAAGGGACCAGAAUUGUCAAAACAGGAGUGCCCACAGCAUCGCCGGCCUCUUCGGCGGACAUGGCCCCCAUCAGCUCAGGCUCUUCCACCUGGACAUCCUCCGGCAUCCCCUUCUCCUUUGUCUCCAUGGCGACUGGGAUGGGCCCGUCGUCCAGCGGCAGCCAGGCGACCGUGGCCUCGGUGGUCACCAGCACGCUCCUGGCCGGCCUGGGCUUCGGCGGCGGCGGCAUCUCCUCCUUCCCCAGCACCGUGUGGCCCACGCGCCUGCCCACGGCCGCCUCUGCCAGCAAGCAGGCCGGCAGACCCGUCCUGGCCACGACCGAGGCCUUGGCCAGCCCGGGCGCUGACGGCGAUUCGGCGCCCAGCAAGGACGGCGAGGGCGCGGAGGAGAGCGAAAAGGACGAGAAGAGCGAGAGCGAGGACGGCGAGCGGGAGCACGAGGAGGAAGGCGAGAAGGACUCCGAGAAGAAGGAGCGGAGCGGGGUGACCCACGCCCCGCGGGCGCGCAACCACACCCAGCCCACCGCCGCGCCCUCGGCCCCCGGCACCGCUGCCCAGGAGGGCGCGCAUCAGACUACAUCCGGGCGCGAGCGGGCCCGCACUGCCAUCCCCACCGCCCGACCCCAGGACGCCCUGGACCCCCACUCGGUCACCCCCACCCAAGUGCCCCCCACAGUCACAGAGGAGCAGGACGAAGACAGUGAUCCCGCGAGGCCCGAGGUGCCAUCCAGGAAGCCUGUGCCCCCAGGGGACCGGUUUCCUGAGGAUAGCAGGUUCAUCACUGUUAACCCAGCAGAGAAGAACACCUCUGGGAUGAUAAGCCGGCCUUCCCCCGGGAGGAUGGAGUGGAUCAUCCCUCUGAUUGUGGUAUCAGCCUUGACCUUCGUGUGCCUCAUCCUUCUCAUUGCUGUGCUCGUUUACUGGAGAGGGUGUAACAAAAUAAAGUCCAAGGGCUUUCCCAGACGUUUCCGUGAAGUGCCUUCUUCUGGGGAGAGAGGAGAGAAGGGGAGCAGAAAAUGUUUUCAGACGGCUCAUUUCUAUGUGGAAGAUAGCAGUUCACCUCGGGUGGUCCCCAAUGAAAGUAUUCCAAUCAUUCCUAUUCUGGAUGACAUGGAAGCCAUUCCUGUCAAACAGUUUGUUAAACACAUCGGUGAGCUCUAUUCUAAUAACCAGCACGGGUUCUCCGAGGAUUUUGAGGAAGUCCAGCGCUGCACGGCUGAUAUGAACAUCACUGCAGAACAUUCCAAUCAUCCAGAUAACAAGCACAAAAACAGAUACAUCAAUAUUUUAGCAUAUGAUCACAGUAGAGUGAAGUUAAGACCUUUACCAGGAAAAGACUCUAAGCACAGCGACUACAUUAAUGCAAACUAUGUCGAUGGUUACAACAAAGCGAAAGCCUACAUCGCCACCCAGGGACCGUUAAAGUCCACGUUUGAAGAUUUCUGGAGGAUGAUUUGGGAACAAAACACUGGAAUCAUUGUCAUGAUUACGAACCUUGUGGAAAAAGGAAGACGAAAAUGUGAUCAGUAUUGGCCCACAGAGAACAGUGAGGAGUAUGGAAACAUUAUUGUCACCCUGAAGAGCACAAAAGUACAUGCCUGCUAUACUGUUCGUCGUUUCUCAGUCAGAAAUACAAAAGUGAAAAAGGGGCAGAAGGGAAACCCCAAGGGGCGGCAGAACGAACGGGUAGUGAUCCAGUACCACUACACGCAAUGGCCCGACAUGGGGGUUCCGGAGUACGCCCUCCCAGUGCUGACCUUCGUGAGGAGGUCCUCGGCAGCCCGCACGCCGGAGAUGGGCCCUGUGCUGGUGCACUGCAGCGCUGGUGUGGGCAGGACAGGCACCUACAUCGUCAUUGACAGCAUGCUGCAACAGAUAAAAGACAAAAGCACAGUCAACGUCCUGGGAUUCCUGAAGCAUAUCAGGACUCAGCGCAACUACCUCGUCCAGACUGAGGAGCAGUACAUUUUCAUCCACGAUGCCUUGUUGGAAGCCAUUCUUGGAAAGGAGACGGAAGUGUCUUCCAGUCAGCUGCACAGUUACGUUAACAGCAUCCUCAUACCAGGAGUAGGAGGCAAGACGCGGCUGGAAAAACAGUUCAAGCUGGUCACACAGUGCAAUGCAAAAUAUGUGGAAUGCUUCAGUGCUCAGAAAGAGUGCAACAAAGAAAAAAACCGAAACUCUUCAGUCGUGCCAUCUGAACGUGCUCGAGUGGGUCUUGCACCGUUGCCUGGAAUGAAAGGAACAGACUACAUUAAUGCUUCUUAUAUCAUGGGCUAUUACAGGAGCAAUGAGUUUAUUAUAACCCAGCACCCUCUGCCGCACACCACCAAGGAUUUCUGGAGGAUGAUUUGGGACCACAAUGCACAGAUCAUUGUCAUGCUGCCAGACAACCAGAGCUUGGCUGAAGAUGAGUUUGUGUACUGGCCCAGUCGAGAAGAAUCCAUGAACUGUGAGGCCUUUACCGUUACCCUUAUCAGCAAAGACAGACUGUGCCUCUCUAAUGAAGAGCAAAUUAUCAUCCAUGACUUUAUCCUUGAAGCUACACAGGAUGACUAUGUCCUCGAAGUCCGACAUUUCCAGUGCCCCAAGUGGCCCAACCCAGACGCCCCCAUCAGCAGUACUUUUGAGCUCAUCAACGUCAUCAAGGAAGAGGCCUUGACAAGGGACGGCCCCACCAUUGUGCAUGAUGAGUAUGGCGCGGUUUCAGCAGGAAUGCUGUGUGCUCUUACCACCUUGUCCCAGCAACUGGAGAAUGAAAAUGCCGUGGAUGUUUUCCAGGUUGCAAAAAUGAUCAAUCUGAUGAGGCCUGGAGUAUUUACAGACAUUGAACAGUACCAGUUUGUCUACAAAGCGAUGCUCAGCUUGGUCAGCACUAAAGAGAAUGGAAAUGGCCCCAUGACAGUGGACAGAAACGGCGCCGCUCUCACUGCGGACGAGUCGGACCCUGCCGAGAGCAUGGAGUCGCUGGUGUGACUGGAAUCGUGAAAGAGUGCUUCAUUUGUAAACCUUCUGAAGACUGAGAACUUUCUUGAGGCCUUUUUUUUGCCAGACUCUAGGUCUAGGUUAUAUGAUAACCCAGUUACUUUUUUACACUGAUAAAAGUUUUGAUAUUUAUUUUUUGCCAUUUUAUGUCUUAAUGGUAUCCUACUGAGCAUUUGCACCUCUGUUCAUUUCCCACAGUGAAACGCGGUUUUUCCUAGUUUGCACUAUCUGAUCAGUGUUAACUGCCUAUAAUCUGAUACUACAGCAAACCCUGAUGUGACAUUCCACGACACCAUACAUGCUACUUUUUAAUUCAGUAUAGUGAAGGUCUUUGUUAUGACAGUGACUCUUAAUUUUUUUUUUUUUAAUUAUUACUCUUGCUAAAGCAGCUGCAUCCUCCUAGCAGGCAAUGCUGUCCUUUUCCUCAAUCCUCUCCUAUUUUUUAAGACACUGCUCAGUACUUCUGUAUGCCUUCUGGGUUUUAAUGGAGUGGAUGAGCGCUGUUUUCUUUUAAAGAAUAGCGGCGGGGGGGCUACUCUGAAGGCCUGUCCAUGUCAUGGCCUUGAGAGAGUCCCAUUUGUGAUGAUGAAGGUGUCCAUUAAGAAACAAGAAGGUUGAAGAGUCAUCUGAUGUGAACAUCACUUCCUAGUUUCAAAGUUAUAUUCCUAGCUUUAAAAAAUGCCCAACUGUGUCAAAAUAAAGGAUAUCUCUGUAUUACAGUUUUCACAGUAGCUAUGUGGACAGUGUGUGUUAUUUCCAUUUGACUCUCUGAAAUAGUUGCAUCCCUGCCCCCCAAAUCAGGGCCAUCUUUUACAAAAGAGAGAUGGCAAUAUUUUACAUAACUCCAGUAAUGAAAUCCUUUAGUGAGUCUUCAUUAAUGCUUCAUGGUUUAUAAUUUCAUACCUCUUGGCAGGUGGAAUAAUGCAAAUCUUGGCAGGUGUAUAAUUUUGAAAGUAGUCCUAA